AUCUAAGUCAGGACUACACCUCUCAUCUGCUCCGAGGGCCCGCAAGCCACCAAGUCUCUGCCCAACAGGACAUAGCCUCACGAAUUAUAGUUUGCGGGGCUUCAUGGACCUUACCGGUACCCCACCAGCGUCCGGCUGCUGCUGACGGCGCCUCUGUUCUUCCAGGAGCUUCUUCACGGACUUCUCUGGACCAAAGCCUUUUGCCAGACCGCUUCUUGCCCCCAGCCCACCAUGGCCCCUUCAGGUGUCAUCCUGCUCCUGCUUUUGCUCCCAGUGGCUGCAGCUGGGGUGACCCCAGGUUCCUGUUCCGGAUGUGGGCCCCUCUCUCUGCCAAUCCUGGCAGGGCUCAUGGCCGCCGACGCGGUGGUGUCGCUGCUCAUCAUUGCCGUGGUGUUUGUGUGUGCCUGCCCACGCCACAGGCCCCCCCUAGAUGACAAAGUCUACAUCAACAUGCUGGGCAGGGGCUGACCCCCUUGUGAGACCUUUGACUUCUGACCCUCUCAUCCCACAUUGUGUGCGGCCACACAGGAAACGCACUCCCCACUUUGGGGUGGAAUAAAGCAAUUAAACUAC